CCUGGCUGUCACUCAUGCAAGCACCCUGCCUUUGUCUCUACAGGUGAGGAACGAGUUUUACAAGGACACGCAGGGGGUCAUCCUGGUCUAUGAUGUGGGACAAAAGGAGUCUUUUGAUGCUCUGGACACGUGGCUGGCAGAGAUGAAGCAGGAGCUGGGUCCCCACGGGAACAUGGAGAACAUCGUCUUCGUCGUCUGUGCGAACAAGAUCGACUGCACCAAGCACCGCAGCGUGGAUGAAAGCGAGGGGCGGCUCUGGGCAGAGAGCCGGGGCUUUCUUUACUUUGAGACAUCGGCGCAAACAGGAGAAGGAAUCAAUGAGAUGUUUCAGACUUUUUACUCUGCCAUCAUCGACCUGUGUGAUAACGGCGGGAAGCGUCCCCCCUCCAGCAUGGGAGUCGGCUUCACCAAAGAGCAGGCAGAUGCCAUCCGCAAAAUCCGCAACAGCAAGGACAGCUGGGACAUGCUGGGGGUCAAACCUGGAGCCACAAGGGAUGAAGUGAACAAAGCGUAUCGUAAGCUGGCUGUGCUGCUCCACCCUGAUAAAUGUGUGGCUCCCGGCAGCGAGGACGCCUUCAAAGCCGUGGUGAACGCCCGGACCGCGCUUCUCAAAAACAUCAAGUAG